CACAUAUAUCACUUCUCUCUCUCAAUAUCUAAUAAAAAAAAUUAUUAAAAAUGUCCACAUCCCCACAAAAUCUCGGCCACAACACUUCAAAUGAAAAAGUAAGUCAAUUUUCGAAUCUUCUAUCAAAAUCAAUUUUGUCCUAUAUUGUCUUUUUCUCUCUCUUCCUACACGAACCCUAGCCUCCCGUGUAUGCACAGAAUUUUCACGCCUCUCACUCUUUUGCUCAAGAAAAUUUCCAAGUGAAACCGUGUGUGCACACCAUUUCCCUCUCUUGUACAAGCUCAAAUUUCACCCAAUUUGAGAGCAAAAUUUCACCCAAUUUCACGCCUCUCACUAUUUUCUACAAACUACCUACCGUGUGUGUACCGUGUGUGGUUUGAAAAUUGAAACCCCAAAGCCGUGUACUCCAUAAUAGAGCAAAAACAACUUGGUGAAUUAUUCUAUCUUCUCAAUUAACAAUGAGUGAAACUGAAUCCGACUACUCCAGAGAGGAAGAACAGCCUGUAGAACGAGGCCAUCGCCCGAGUACAUCGAGGAGGGAAAAAUACCCGACGCCGAAUCCGCCUCCGAGGCAUGUUUGGUUACGUCCGUGCAUGCAAGGUUAUGCCGGACGAAUCAAUCACUAUGUAAAGGACACGACACUGAAGGAAGUGGAGACCUGUCUGACGCACUACCAGCGAUUGGAACAAUUUAAUCAAGGUCCGUUUGGGCAUUUACUUCAGUUGAAGAGGCAGGAUAGUGCGAAUGCCGCACUGCACCAUCUUCUUGCACGGGAGUUGUAUGACGAAGCAUUCGGUCCGUGGGAGAAGUGGUUCCACGUUGGUGGACACGACAUUCGAUUCGGCGCAGUGGAGUAUUGUCUGGUGACGGGGUUGUGUUUCGGGCCAUCCCCGCAGCGUUUUGAUCCUGAUGUGGAUCACCGUGUUGGGAAGCAGAGUCUAUGGCACCGAGUUUUGAAAGGCAAGAAGGUGGAAGUGAAGGAUCUGCGGAAGCGGUUCGUGAGCCGCAGUCUGGGCAACAGUGCCUAG